UCGGAGCAAAUUAAUUUCAAUUUUUGAUUCUACAAAUCCAUGUGUACUUACUCGAAAAAUUCUAAUUUUCUUAAUGUUAGGUACUCAAAAUGUGGAACCUUCAUACAUAUGUGCCUAUGUAAUUCAAUUGUAAGGCGGAACGCUUCUUCACACUGUUGAAACGAACAUGUAUACAUUCUACAUUACAUGGAUAGUAUCAUUCGCUUCCUAUUGCUCUAGUCUUACUGAGACCUCAGAACUCAUCGUCAGUUGGGAUUCUGAAAAUAAGACUCGAUGCGAUACGUACACGUACACGCAAACUCACGAAAUAAACUAUAUAUGGGCCAUUCACGAAUUCACACAACAGCAGACAUUCGGUACUAAGAUUUUAUCACCCAUUUUACGUACACCCACAACUAAUAGAUAUCAAUGGCGAAUUGAAUUUAUAUUCGUACCUAAUCGCACCGCAAACGGAACUGAAGCAAUCGCUAUUCGUAUAUUUCUAUCGAACAGCAGUGCGGUUGAAGAGAUGUUAGCAAUGACCAAUGUUGGAUUCGUGCGUGUAAAUGCGACUGAAAAACAAAUUCUAAUCGAUCUAAAUAAUACGAAGCUGCAAAAGUUCACAAAGGGAGAGGCGGGUGUACGAUCGACGAGUUACUUAUGCAGAAAAACUCAUCUUUACAACUGUAACUUACUCCAAAACGACACCUUGACGCUUUUAAUCCAGAUUAGGCCUAAAUGGUCAUCCGAACCAUCAAUAAGGUUACCUAAUACGAGUAUUUGUGCGGCCGACUCUGCGUCUACGUCUACACCCGAGACGACCAUCAUCAAGCGUAAUCUUUCCGAAAACUUGGAAUCGAUGCUGGAAAAUGCGAAAUUCGCCGACGUCGUGUUCGUACCGAAAGGUAGCAAUUAUCCGACUCGUGAAGCGAUUUUGGGCGCACGUACUCCGGUUUUCGCUGCCGUGUUUCAAGAAGAAGAUUCCAAAAAUGCAUCGUCGAAAAAAAUCCAAAUAAACGUAACGCACAUAAACGAAAAAUUCUUACGAGAAAGCGUCAGCUAUUGGGGGAACUUACGGUAAAAUUAUUUGAAGCUGCUUCUACGAGUAGAUAUGGCUGUGGAUUGAGAAAAAUUCGCGAUCAAACGCUCCGUAAGACUUGGAUGGAUGGAUGGUUGGUGAGGAAAGAUGUAAACAAGUCCGUAGUGUCGAAAAAUAAUACGAGUACGUCGACGAAUUACAUAAAGUAGUUCCAAAGGCAAAUUCGAGGAGGGGAACGAUGCGAAAAAAUGCAAUCACUCGGGGUCAACUGUGCAAAAUUUGGUAAAACAAAUUUUCUUAAACGACGACGCGACGCAUCGGUACACAAUUUUGUAUCGCUAUUUUAAAAUUUCACUCGUGUAAAAAAUUACAAAUUCUCGAUUCA